AUGGAGAACUCCUCCAAGGCCCGUCCCAGUCUCCCACCAAGACCCACUGUGAUGCUGAAGAAAGAGAGGGACAGAGGAGCUUCAGAGCCACCAAGAAGUCACAGACAACGGCCAUCAAAGGACAGCAAGAACCCUAAGAUAUCAUCAGUGAAGAAAGAGAGGUCGCAGAAGGAGAAGCUGGAGAACAAUACUGUGACAGUGGAGCGGGAGACUGAGCUAAAAGUGAAAUCCACGGUGGUGGACAUAGACAGUGUGAGAGAAGAGGAGGUCAAGGAGGAGAACUUGGGGCUCCUGGAGGCAGCUGAGGAGGAUAGUGAGUAGAAGCGUGAAAGAAAGUCUGGGAUAUAAUAAACGCUACAGGGGGAACAUGGACAGAAGUUUUAUACCACUUACAUUCAAUUGUUAAGCUCUCCCAGUUCAUCAUUUUCAUGCAGGAAGGCUGAGCUGAAAAAGAUGUAAUUAUGCAUGGUUGUAUUCAGCUUGGGUAUGUUGUCUCUGCAGGUCUGAAGCGUAAGAACCUGGGAGUGUUUGAGUGGCUGCUGAUGGUCUUUGUCUUGGCUCUGGUUCUCAUCUUUCUUCCUUUUGCCAUCUGGUUCUGUGUCAAAGUAAGGACUGAAGUCAACAGAGCUGAAAUUAUUAGACACAGUCAACAAGGAUAUCUCGACCUGUUCCAUCUCAUUCAGCAUGUUCACCUAAUAAUGACUGUUCCAUUUAACCUGAUACGCAGUCAACACAACUAAAUCUCAAACAGAAAUGGCCCCAGACUCUGUUCAUCCUCAGGUUUACUUUUUUGCAUACGAGUUGGACUCAGCUAUCAUCAUCAUCCUCCAUUUAUAUGUGCUGACUUUUUUGUCAUUUUGAUUGACAGGUAGUGAGGGAGCAUGAGAGGGCUGUUAUCUUCAGACUGGGUCAUCUACUGCGGGGCAAACCCAGAGGACCAGGUUGUUGCUCAUCACCAUAAACUUCAAGCUCAUCUGUCAAAUGUCAUGCUGAAACUGUAGCUAUCUUCAAGAAUGUUGAAAAUCCGUAUUACUUUGGCUAAAUCAUCUGUCUAUCUUCUACAGGCCUUCUCUUCUUCCUCCCAUUUUUGGAUGUAUGCCACAAGGUCGACAUUCAGUUGAAAAUGCUAAAGGUUCCUCUUCAUACGGUCAGAGCAAUAUUGUAAAAACAAACUUCUCUUUUAGUUUUAAACUGAACCAGCUGAUUAGAAUUUGUGGCGUUUUCUGUCCUAAAACAGUAUAAAAUGAUCCUCACUUUACUGUAUCAGAUUAAGCGCACACACUUUAUCCCCGUAGCAUAGAGUUUUUCCAACUUUUUAAUCACACAAUGACAAAACUUGGAUUGUGUUUGACCUAUCACUGACUUUUUUGCACCCAGGUGGUGACAAAGGACCUACUAAGGCCAGAGCUGAGUGCAGUGUGUUAUUAUCAAAUAAAAAAUGUGACUCUGUGCAGCUCAGCUCUGUCCAGUCUGACCACGGUGCUGCAGACUCUCGUCCAGGCGGUGGUCAGAGACGUCCUUUCCCAGCACACACUCAGCCAUGUCCUGCUGCACAGGAGGAUGACAGGAGAGCAGAUACAAGCUGCUGUUGACUCUGUAGCAUGCCGCUGGGGCAUCAGGUUGGAGAGAGCAGACAUGUAAGUAAGGCUGAAGUUAAAUGUUCCUCUUAUACCUCUAAGUUUGUAAGGAAAUGAUACAGUUGAAGUGGGACAGAUGAAAAAGCAAGUGCAUGAUUUGCAGAAGUGGUUUUGGAAAAUUUUCAAGGCACAAAGGAGGUUUACUCUGCUCAAGUAAAGAGAAAAAAAUGUAGAAAUUUGUGGCAUACUUUGAUCUGUUUUUGAUUUUCUGUCAGAGAUGAGCUCAGUUUUCCAGUGGAGUUACAGCAAAGUCUGGCUGCUGAGGCUGAAGCUAAAAGACAUCAACAGGCCAGAGUGAGUGACUAUACCAGCAUUAAUUAUCUAAUAUUUAUAACUUUACAGAGGAAUGAUUGGAAAGAUUUAAAUAUUUGUUUUUUGAUUUAUCAUGUCAAAUAUGGCUGAAAGAUCACAAUAGUUCAGAUAGUGUGAUGAAGUUAUUCUUUGGUUGGAAACACAAUUGAAAAUGGUUUAAAAAAGUGAGUUAAGGUCCUCUUACAAAACCAGUUAAAAACACUCACCCAGCUGUCUUGAAAUUGCUUUGUUUCUUUAAAAAAAGUUGAUAUGCAGGUGACAAAGUGCAGUUUUUAGCAGCUGUCCCUCUCACCUCCAGGUCAAAGCAGCAGAAGGAGACAGGGAUGCCUGGGAGGGCUUCAGGGCUUCCCUUCGUCUCCUCCAUCCUGCCCUGGUCCUUCCACUCCCCCCUGAUCUCCUCAAUGUGACCCCUGACCUCUCAUCCCUACCACCACCCCCUCCUCCUCCUCCACCUCCAGCUGUGGAGGAAGAUGGAGGAAUGGUGGAGCAGAAUCCAAGGACAGACUCGCCAAUGAUGUGA